GGGCGGUCUGUUCUCGUCUCGCAUGUCGCACGUUCCGCCGACAAGCACGAACUCUUCUCGAGGUGCAUGACGUAACGAAGUCGUCUGGCGCAGUGUUUUAGUGGCCAUUUUGUUCCCAACCGCACGGCUGAUUAAGCUUGUUAAGCAGUGAUCCUUUAUCGUCGCAAUCAUGACGAAGUUUUCGAACAUCACUGACGAACCGUGGCAUACCGCACCAUACGAUCCUAGGUUCCCUAAUCAGAACCAAUCCAGAUACUGUUACCAGAGCUACGUAGAUUUUCACCGGUGCAAGAAGAAGCACAACGAAAAUUAUGAGGCUUGCCAGUACUUCAAAAGGGUCUAUAAGUCAAUGUGCCCGAACGCCUGGGUAGAGAAGUGGGACGGACAGGUCGAAGCGGGCACGUUUGCUGGUCGAAUCUAGAAUUUCCAGCGGUUGAUACACACCGCAUCCGCUUAUCAUCUUAGUGAACUUUUCAAAACAGUCGAACAGGGCUCUAGGAUCGUGUCAUUUCCUGUUUGUAAAAUAUAAGUCAAUAAUCUUAAAUAAAUCUAAUGACACUUCA